GGAAGCUCAGCCCAGAGAGAUGAUAGGGACCUAACCUGCACCCACCCGCCAGCUCCACCACUCAGCUAAUGGGCGCCCUGAGGUCUGCCCUGUCCAAGUGAGUGCGCGGCCUGGGGUAACGGGUGAGGUGGCGUGAGGGGGUAUCCUCUCCCCUGGGACUUCUUGGCUCAGUCCUGGGCCCCUCACUGAUCGCACCUCCGGAGUCCAGUGUGCUCAGUGACACAAGCAUAAGAGAGGGAUCGGUAUGCGCCCCUCCCCCGUUCCUGGGGUCCCUUAGCUUCAGCAGGCAGCCGGGCUUUCGGCUGCUGGUCCCGGGCCACCUUUUGGUACAGGAGAAGGUGUGGUCAGUGUAAGAGCUUGAAGGGAUAGCCACUUCCGGAGGAAGACACCGACUCAUCGCUUUGGUGGGGACACAGGCAGAUUUACAGUGAGACUCUGCCCACUCUCCCGACCCGCUAGGAGCCAGGCUGCGGCUGCCUCGGAGUGGGGGGACUUGUGUUCAUUGCAGGAGAACUUUGGAGGGCCCUGGGGAUCGCUAUGAGUCGGAAUCGACUCGAAGGCAACGCAGCCCUGCCGCCCUGACCCUGGGACUAAGCGGGGCAGGGGCAUCACCGGGGCAGAACCGCGAGGGAGCCGCCCCCACAGCCGGCGCCUAGGCCAAGAUCCCGCAGGUUGCGUUCUCAGACUCCUAGCGGGAGGGGGCGCUGCGGGACCGUCCGCGGACACCCUACAGACUGCAGGAAGCGGGACCCGGCGGACAGCGGAAGCGGCGGGAAAUGGGCAGUUCUUCCCAUUUUACAGACGGGGAUACUGAGGACCUGUCAGUUUUUAGGCAGCUGUGGUGUCGAUCACCCCAACUCUUUGAGCCAAAGCCUCCCAGGCAGUACGGUUGGAUCAGUGUUACCCCCAACCUCCCCACCACGGGGCGGAAGCGAGGCUCAAAUCUUAUAACCAACGCCACAGAAUGAAGGGGUUGUCGUUAGUCCAUCAUGGAGUGUAAGAACGGGAGCCAUAGAGAUUGUCUUGUUCAAGUCUCCCAAUUUAGAUAGGAAAACUCAGCCCCGGGCGCACAGGGCGAGGGCAGAAUGGGGAUUGGAACCCAGGCCUCCUCCCACCCCGUGCGGUACUCUUGCCUGCUCCGCAGCCUUGACCUCCGUGUCCUCCGGUAUCCCUCCCGCCUUGUUGCCCGCAGAGAAGCGCCGCGGCCGCGAUGGCGGCGGACGUCGAGGGCGACGUGUACGUGUUGGUGGAGCACCCCUUCGAGUACACGGCCAAGGAUGGGUGCCGCAUCGCCAUCCAGCCCAAUGAGCGCUACCAGCUGCUGCGCCGCAGCACGGAGCACUGGUGGCACGUGCGGCGCGAGCCCGGAGGCCGCCCCUUCUACCUGCCUGCGCAGUACGUGCGCGAGCUGCCCGCGCUCGGCGGCCCCGCAGCCCCUCCGCCACUGCCAGCGCCCCACCUGGGCCCCACAGCCCCAGAGCCACUCGCUUACGACUACAGGUUCGUGAGCGCGCGGGUGCCUGCGGGCCCCGACGGCGCCCCCGCCCAGCCCCCGAGCCGCACCGGCUCCCUGUGCAGCUCAGCGCGGCGCGGCGCUUUGGUCCAGCGCAGCAGCCUGGCGCCGGGCCUGCCAGCCUGCCUGUACGUGCGACCCGCGGCGCCGGUGAGGCCCGCGCAGUCCCUGGACGACCUGGCACGUUCUGCGGCGCCCCCUACCGGCCUCCUUGGGACCACCAGUCGCUACAAGGCCUGCAGCGUGGCAGGCUCCUGGGUGUGCCCGCGGCCCCUGGCGCGCAGUGGCUCGGACAAGUUCUGCGAGAUCAUCCAGGACGUGCGUGGCUCGCCGCUGGAGGAGCGCCCGGACCAGGUGGAGGAGCCCCCGGAGCCCGUGUACGUGAACGUGAACGUAAAGCAGCAGCCCCGGGCCACCUCCCCGGUCGCCACCGUGGCCCCUCGCCCCGGCUCGGUGUGGGAGACGCUCACCGACGCGGACACCGGGCGCCCCUACUACUACAACCCAGACACGGGCGUGACGACCUGGGAGUUGCCCUUCGAGGCUGCCGAGGACGCCGCUAGCCCGGCCACCUCUCCGGCCUCAGUGGGCAGCAGCGAGAGCCUGGAGGCCGAGUGGGGCCAGUACUGGGAUGAGGAGAGCCGCAGGGUGUUCUUCUACAACCCGCUGACGGGCGAGACCGCCUGGGAGGACGAGCUGGAGGGCGAACUGGAGAUGCAGCCCGACCUGAGCCCCCGCAGCCCCCGGGAUCAGAGGCCUCCCACCCCGGAGACUGACUACCCAGAAUCGCUGACCAGUUACCCGGAGGAAGACUAUUCCCCUGUGGGCUCCUUCAGUGAGCCCGGCCCCGCUUCUCCCUUGGACGCUCCCCCAGGCUGGUUUUGUCAUGUCGGCCCGGACCAGCAGACCUUGUACACCAACCACUUCACCCAAGAGCGGUGGGUGAGGUUGGAGGACGAGCACGGGAAGCCAUACUUCUACAACCCAGAUGACUCCUCUGUUCGGUGGGAGCUGCCCCAGGUCCCUGUCCCUGCCCCUCGAAACAUCCGCAUAUCCAGCCAGAACAGUGACACCUCAGCCCAGUGCAGCCCGCCUGAGGAGAAGAUCAAGACUCUGGACAAGGCUGGCGUGCUCCAUCGUACUAAGACAGUGGACAAGGGAAAGCGGCUCCGGAAGAAGCACUGGAGUGCCUCCUGGACAGUGCUGGAGGGCGGUGUCCUGACAUUCUUCAAGGACUCGAAGACCUCAGCUCCAAACAGCCUGAAGCAACCUUCCAAGCUCUCCACCCCCGAGUACACAGUGCAGCUGAAGGGGGCCUCUCUCGCCUGGGCACCCAAAGACAAAUCCAGCAAGAAGAAUGUCCUGGAGCUGCGGAGCCGUGAUGGCUCGGAGUACCUGAUCCAGCAUGACUCGGAGACCAUCAUCAGCACCUGGCACGAGGCCAUUGCCCAGGGCAUCCAGGAGCUGUCCGUAGACUUGCCCCCCGAGGAAGAAAGUGAGAGCUGCAGCCCGGAAUUCGGAUCGAGUGAGCGCCUGGGAAGCUGGCGGGACAAAGAGGGCGACGCGCGGCCAGGCGCAGUGCCUCUUUGCCCUGCAGCCGGGGGCCAGGAGAGCGAUUUGAGCAAGGUCCGGCACAAGCUCCGCAAGUUCCUGCAGAGGCGGCCCACGCUGCAGUCGCUGCGGGACCGGGGCUACAUCAAAGACCAGGUGUUCGGUUGCGCGCUGGCCGUGCUGUGUGAGCGCGAGAGGAGCCAGGUGCCGCGCUUCGUACAGCAGUGCAUCCGUACCGUCGAGGCCCGAGGGCUAGACAUCGACGGGCUGUACCGCAUCAGUGGAAACCUGGCCACUAUCCAGAAGCUGCGCUAUAAAGUGGACCACGAUGAGCGUCUGGACCUGGACGACGGGCGCUGGGAGGACGUCCACGUUAUCACCGGCGCCCUGAAGCUCUUCUUCCGAGAGCUGCCGGAGCCCCUCUUCCCCUUCUCACACUUUUGCAAGUUCAUCGCGGCCAUCAAGCUGCAGGACCAGGCCCAGCGCAGCCGCUGUGUGCGUGACCUGGUGUGCUCGCUGCCGACCCCCAACCACUACACGCUACGGCUUCUCUUCCAGCACCUGUGCCGGGUGAUCGAGCACGGGGAGCAGAACCGCAUGUCAGUCCAGAGUGUGGCCAUCGUGUUCGGGCCCACGCUGCUGCGGCCCCAGACGGAGGAGAUCAGCAUGCCGAUGACUAUGGUGUUCCAGAACCAGGUGGUGGAGCUCAUCCUGCAGCAGUGCUCAUACAUCUUCGGGCCGCACUGACCACGGCCCCCUCCCCGUCACCCCGCUGCUGGAGCGGAGACUGUGGUUCUGUCAUAGAAGCCGGGCAGCUGGAGGCCAGGAAGCUGAACUCUUUGAGACCCUCCGCUCCCGUGCAGGCCGGCGUGAAUUCUGCACCCGUCGGUUCUGAGGAUAUGGUGACCCCUGGUGGGCAGUUUGCAAAAUGUGAUUUUUCUCUCCAUGUCCUGUUUUCGGGUUAGGUUCAGUUUUUUUACUACAGCGCCUCCUACUGUGCCUGAGAGAGAAUGCGUGUGGGGGUUGUUUGUUUUCUGGGACGCGUCCAUACCGGGAGAGAGGAAUUUGGGUGAGUGGCUUCCUGGCUCCCUCAGGCCUUCACCUGGUCAAGGCCUUCACGGAGACCCCAGCUCUGUGUGUGGCACUGUGGGUCAUGAAGCAGCAACCCACAACUUCCCUGCUGCGGAAAUGGGACUGACCAGGCCUCCAGUGUGGGCAGCUGAACCUGCCUUUCUCCAGGCCUCAGGGAUGAAGCUCCAGCAGCAGCCCUCUUGCAAGCUGGCUGUGGACCAUUUUCAUCUGCUGCUUUAGAGUUUCUCACCUCUGCCCUCCCUGACCCAUCCUCCACAUGUUCUGCAGGGGUUCCUCCGAUUCACUAAAUGUGUGCCUUCUACCUGAUACUUGACAUGCACCAUUUCUGCACACAACUCCAUUUUACAGAUGAGGAAACUGGGGCUUGCAGAGGCAAAUUUGACUUGUGAAGGGUCCAGUGGCUGGUCUGACUCCCCAGCUCAGGCUCCUCCCAUACUAGAGCACAGCCUCCUAGGAGGGUGAAAUCAAUGCCCUCACCCACCCCCCAGCCCCAGCAUGGGAUUGUGGGCAAAGCAAAGAAACUGCGCCGGUGGCAUCUGUCUGGGUGGGGGGGGGGCGGUCCCUGAAGGCAAAGGGAGAACAUGACCCAACAGUUUUGUUUUUUUCUGGGGGGAGAGGAAGUAGCACUGACAGGAGCAGGAGCCCCCAUCCUCUCUCAGUGCCCCAGCUGGCAAGUAUGACUUCUUGGUGCCCACUUUGCCAUGAAGAGCUGGGAGAGGCCUGCAGGGCACGGACCUCAGGAAAGGACGUGUGAGCCCUGGGAUCAGCAGCCUCCCUCCGUCCUCACACACACAAGCCACCUCAGUUUAUGGGUCUUGGCCCCCCAGCCCCACCUACUCGUUCAUGUAUUUGACAAAGCUCAUAUUUAUCGGACAUUUGUACCAUGCCAAGCAUCUUCCUUGGAUUAUCAUUUCUCACAGCCAGUAUUUAUUGUCUGCUCUUCUGUGCCAGGUGCUGUGCUCUGGGGUAGAGACACUGCACAUGCUGCCUGCUCUGGGGGAGCUUAUGGUCCAGCAGGUGAGGCUGACCCACACCCACCCCUCAUUCCAGCAGGGCCAAGGCCAGAGUACAAAUGGAGGCCUCAUACCAUAUGUCUAAAUAUUUAAAAAUCAUAAA